AUGAGCGGAAGAGUAACAGUACAAAGAGGAGAGACUGAAAGCGAAAAUGAAAUUAUUAUUGUACAACCUACUAGAGAAAUAAUUGAAAUGGAACCUGAAAUGGAACCAUUUGCCACUCUUCAAAAUGAUAAUGAAAAUGAACAAGAAUAUGGCGGUGAAAUCGAACAAGAAGGUGGUUAUGAAAUCGAAGAAGGUAAUUAUGAACGUGAACAAGAUGGUAAUGAAAUUGAACAAGAUGGUGAAAGUUCUCAAGAAAGUCAACAAUGGACACACAAUGAGAUAACUAUUUUGUUGGGACAUGUUUUUAGUCAAAGAAUAGAUCAGCAAGAACUUUAUGAUCUAGGUUUAAGAAGAUCAGCUUGUGCAAUCUCAUCAAAAUGGCAAUCAAUGAAAAAGGUAUUAAACAAUUAUGUAAAUAAUUCUUUAAUACAAGUCUAA